AUGCUGCUGGAAAAGAUUCAAGUGUUGCCGGCGACAUCAGGCAUCAAGCCACCGACAUCAGGCAUCAAGCCGCGGCAUGUCCAAACCACGAUCAAUUAUUACAGAGACCCUGGUGACGGAACAGAACAUGCCCCGAGCAUUGCGGGCAAGAGAAGCACCUUCAACCAGCCUUCUAUUGAUCUGGACACUCUCGUCACCGACAUCUCUGGGAGCGAAGACCAGUUCACACUCGACAGCCACGGAUUCCAACUCUGCGAUCAUGUGAGUCGUAUGAAGGAAUUCGACAAUGACGACCUCAUCAAACAGGAGUACUACCCUGAGGUGGAGCAGCUGGUCCGUGAAGUUACCGGAGCUUCAAGACUUUUUGUCUUUGACCACACGAUCCGCCGACCAAACCCCACGGCCGCGAGCUCUGACGACGAGCGCCGGCCGGUGAAGCGGGCGCAUAUCGACCAGUCAGAGUGGGCGGCGAGGCAACAAGUCACGCGCCACCUGGGCGAGGACGCCGAUCGCCUGCUGGAGUCUCGCUUCCAGAUCAUCAACGUGUGGCGUCCGAUCAAGACUAUCCGCAAGGACCCGUUGGCUGUCUGCGACUCUCACUCGGUGCCGGACGAGGACAUCCUGCCCGUCAAGUUGAUUCACCCCGGCUGGGUGGGAGAGCCGUGCACAAUCCUGCCCAACAAGAACCACCGCUGGUACUUCAAGAAUGAACAGACUCCGGAGCAGGUCAUGUUGAUCAAAUGUUACGACUGGAAGACUGAUGGGCGUGCAAGGAGGGUCCCGCACGCCGCUUUCACUGACGCUGAAAUGGCCGACAGAGAGCCAAGGCAUAGUAUCGAGGUCCGGGUUCUUGUUUUCCACGAGGAUGAUGUGAACAGGAGUUGA